AUGUAUGUUCUCUUCUAUGUCUCACAGAAUGCCUUUAAAGAUAAUGGAACUGCAGGAUCAUCAGACAAUGCAGAGGGAAGCCCUAAAUUUAGACAAGGAACUGAAGAGGAAGGACUUGUUAUAGGUAGCCAUGAAAAGGCUGAAAAAAGAGAAACUUCAAACUCCAAACUUCAGGACAGGGGAGUUUUGGGAAGAGCAUGGUACGCAGGGGAUAUAGAACGACGAGAGGCGGAAAGAAGAUUACGGAGAAUAAACAAGGACGGCUGUUUCUUGGUGCGUCUCAGUUCUGCUCAGAAACGGCUACAGCCUUAUACACUAGCCUUGCUGUGUAAGGACAACAUUUACAAUAUCCCCAUACGGGCAGUUGGAUCCAGAGGGUAUACGCUAGGGAAGGAGGGCAAGCGGAAUGAGAAGAUAUUUCCCAGCGUUGUUCAUCUUAUUGAGCAUUACCAACAUGAGCAUAUGCAUGUGGUCAACCGCCAGACACAAAGCAGAGAGUCUACCUUACUGUUGUACCCAGGCCUGGCCUGA